GAGACGGGGGGUGGCGCAGGCGCAGGCGCAGUGCUCGGUCCGGCGGCGGAGGGAUGGGGUUCUAACCUUGCCUUGGAUUCCCCAUGGAAAGAAUGGGCGGAGUUGAAAAUGAUAAACGUUAUUGUAUUGUGUUAAAAGAUUUUACUACAUGUGGAAUAAAGGUCCCGCGAGGGUCUUUGGGAUAUUUCAACCGCUCAAGACGUGAGGAAAUGUCCGCAACUGUGGAAAACGUCAAGCAAGUGGUAAAGUUGCAACCAGGAAAUUAUAUACUAAUCAGUAAGGAAGAAGCGGAGCUACUUGUUGAUAUCCAGGAUCUUUCUCAUCGAUACGAGCUCUUUAAGAACGAACCGCUCUUCAGAUCCAUUGCUAAAGUCCAAAUCAAUGACGUAGUUCAACUACGAAAGAACAACAAGGAAUUGGUAGGAAUUGUCAAAAAUAUUGAAAAUACCACGAGAAAAAAAGAAUUGGAUCUAUAUGGAACAUUGUUUCAAGUAAGCUUGAUGGAAGACAAUAGACCAAGUCGGAAGAAAUGUGAUCCAUGCGUGAAGGUUAAUGCAGGAGAAAUCAUUCAGGUCAGCAACACUGAAGUAGAACCAUUUGUUUUAGCAGAUGCAAAAAAUGGGAGCACACAACUAUUCGAUGAUCCAUCCCAAAAUAUCAGUACAUCUUCGAGAAGAAAGGGAAUGGGACAAUCAAAUGAAGUUCCAAAGUCAUUUGUCUCCUCUGCUUCAAUUCCGGACCGUGGGAAGAACUCUUCUAAACACAUUUCCAAAGCUCUGACUCAAAUCAGCCCUGAUCCUUUUGAGGGAUGUGAGAAUCCUGCUCUUGAGGUUGGGUCAAUGGUUGAAGUACAAUUAAGAAGCAAUCUUGCCUACGGAGUUAUUAGAUGGAUUGGUAUACCAGAAGGAAAGGUGCAAAGGAUGGCAGGAAUUGAAUUGGACUAUGAGCAGAAAACUGGCUCUGAUGGCACAUUUGAGAAAAGGCAAUAUUUUGUCUGUGAAAAGAAUAAAGCAUUAUUUAUACAGCUUGGAGACUGUAAACCAGAUGCACGUUUUCUCACACAUGAACUAAAGAAUGUGCGCACAACCCCAAUUAAUGCACCAGAGAAAAUGAUAGCAGAUCACACAAUGGAAGAGGAUGUUCCCCCAGUACGUGAGGAUGAGGUGCAGCAGUUGAUGGCAGGGAGAAUGAAAGGGAUUCAGGGACAUUACAAUUCUUGUUACCUGGACUCUACAAUUUUCAGUUUGUUCACGUUCAGUUCAGUAUUGGAUGGUAUACUUCACAAGCCCGGAGGACAUGACGAGAAAAUUCAACAAAUACUGAGGGAGGAUAUAGUCAACCCAUUGCGAACGAAUGGGUUUGUGAAUGCAGAGAAGGUGAUGAAAUUGAGGAAGCUAUUAGGAUGUGACACGUUUGUUUCGGCAGAGAAGGAUCCAGAAGAGUUUAUCAAUGUCCUACUGCAUGAAGUCUUGGCGGUUGAUCCACUGCUAAAGAUCAGGUCGGGUGAGAAAAUUCAGGAAUGCAACUGUUAUCAGAUAAUCCUGGAUAAAGAUGACACAGUUAAAGUGCCAACUGUACAGUUUCUCCUGGAGCGAUCCUUCCUCUCCUGUGAUUUGAAAUUUGAGGAGAUCCCAUCAUGUCUUCUGGUGCAGAUGCCCAGGUUUGGAAAACAGUUUAAAAUGUUCACAGAAAUCAUGCCCUCGCUGGAACUAGAUAUUACAGACUUACUCAACAACUCUCUGAGGCAGUGCUUCAUUUGUGGAGUGGUGGCAGAAUAUGAAUGUGCUCAGUGCCUUCUGGAUCCAAUGCUGAGUCCGGGUGCUAUCAAGCAGUACUGUUACACUUGCAACAGCCAGGUUCAUUCCCACAAGGGGAGGAAGGACCACCAAUUCCGAAAAUUUCCUUCUCCGAUCAAUGUUUGCGUCAAAGCCCCUUUUCCACGGCACAAGAUGGAAUUGUUUGCAGUACUUUGCAUUGAAACCAGCCACUAUGUGUCAUUUGUGAAAUAUGGCACCAGCAAAAAUUCAUGGCUGUUCUUUGACAGUAUGGCUGAUCGAAUUGAUGAAGAGAAUAUCCCAGAGAUUACAGUUUGUCCACAAAUAGGUGAUUACCUGAUGAUAUCAGAGGCAAUGCUGGCUUAUACCAACCUGAAGCAGCUUGAUGGAUUUGCUAAAAGACUUUUCUGUGAUGCCUACAUGUGCAUGUACUGGAGCCCAAGGAUGUGUUUGUAUUAGUGACUCUCGAGAUCUAACGGCUGAGUGAUUUUGCUCCGGGCAACAAAUGGAAAUGGCCCUUAUCACACUGAAUGACUGGUUCAAUAGCAAUGCACAAAAAAUGAUUAAUUCCUUCUCUUAUCAAAGAAUCUACUGGACUUUGUAAAGUAAUACUGUACAUAAGAGUAAUUGUUUGAAUUUUAUGAUGAAAUGACAUUUGAAAUGAAUGUUCUGCGGCAGCUUUUACUGGUUAUUUCUGCACAUUAAUGGAUAUAUAUAGGAGACUUAUUGAGAGAAUUAAAGCAUGGAACUACAUUUUGCGAGGAGGUGAAUUAUAUUAGUUUUAGUUUAUUAUUAUUAUUCUCACGUGUACUGAGGGACAAUGAAAAGCUUCUUUUUGUUGCAUGCUGUCCAGUCAAGUGAAAGAAUAUAUGAUUACUAUCAGGCCGUCCACAGAUACACUCUAAUGGGAAUAACGGGGAUAACAUUUAGUGCAUGGUAAAGACUGAUUAAAUGUAUCCUGAUAACAGCUGGGAAGAAACUGGCCCAGAAAAUUUUAUAAACUGGCCCAGAAACCAGUAUCAUCCUAUUUGAUUUAAAGCAGGUAAAAUAUAUUGCUGAAUAUCAGCCAAUAUGAAGAACUUGCAUCUCCUUUCAUGCAUGCAUUUAUAUAAUUAACACACAUAUUGUUUGAAUGUACUACAUAAGAACCAAGGGACCCUGCACAUCAUUGCAAUAAUACAUCUGCUUGGUAUUGUUGGCACCACCAGGAUAAGUCAACUGUGGAGAAAAUUUGAUUUGAAUUUGAUGAAAUCUUGAGCAAAUGACUUGAUCUCUUUCCAACAUAGUUGUGAUGACUCAUUGCACAGUCCACAUCAAUGCACUUUUUUGCCUUGGACCACAACAUCCAGUGUAAAAACCACCGAUCUGCGAGACAACAUGGUUACUCCAGCUAAUGCAGCUUCACGCAAUUUAAGAAAACUUGGUGAUGUACACAUCGUUGUGCAAAUUUUACUCCCUUGGAAUCUCCAGAGAAAUUACUAGGAAAAAAGACGUCGUACACCAAAUUUUACUUGAAAUCAUGGUAACGGGUCGGAGUCAUGCAGUGUGGAAAGAGGCCCUUUAGCCCAACUUGCCCACACAGUGAGUCCUUAUCCUCUGAAGUAUGAUGCAGAGUGCAUAAGCUGAUGGACAUGUGACAAAGAGCUCAGUGUGUGAACUUAAUUCAAGGAAUCUUCAUGUAAUGUUUCUGGAAUUUCCCACACACAAACCGCAUCAGCUUGUGAUACAUGUCCUGAGCUGCCUUUCAUUCACUGGUUUUAAAUCUCCGCAUUAGAAAAUGUGCUGGGAUGUUCAUUUGACUUGUUUCUUUAAUGCCUUCUAUAUUGUGUGGAUGGAUCUUUUAAUUUUCACAGUUGUAAGUUGGAUGUUAGGAAUAACUUUAUUCCUUUGUUUUCAUGUUUAUAGAACCUAAAUUAUCUAAACUCUCUGAAUACAUAAUGUUUGGGACAAAGACCCAUCAUUUAUUUAUUUGCUUCCGUACUCCACUAUUUGAGAUUUGUAAUAGAAAAAAAUCACGUGGUCAGAUUUCAAAACAAGAUAGCAAAAAAAGCUUAGAAUCUAUUUAUUUGAACUCUAUCUGCCCUUAAAUAAUGAGUUGAAUCAUGAUGCUCGUCAGCCAUUGAUUCAAUAGAUAAUAUAAUCAGGAAUAGGUUGACUUAUUUUAAACAGCUGAUCGGCAAUUCUCUAUAUAGACACAAAAUGCUGGAGCAGCUCUGGAGAAAAUGAAUUCUCCCUACACAUUCCAUAUCUAUGUAUUGCUAAUCAGAAGCGAGCAAUGAGAUGAGAUGAUGCAUCUUUCCAUCUCCGCUGAGGUAUAUCAACAAUGGUUACUGUCCCCAUUCAUGUGAAUGGGAUCACCGAUGUUAGUUGAAAAAAUAAAUUAAAGCAAUUUAUCUCCUUUAAGCAAUAUUUAAAUCUUUUGAUGCUUUACAGCUGCAGGCACUAACAGAGGUAAGUGCAAGUGAUUAUUGAAAAUGCAUGCACAAAGGCGGCAUUAAUUAAAAGCAGGUUGCGUUCAGUUCAACUGAAUUAAUCUUCUACAGCUCAAUAAAAGCCUCUUAACAUAAAA